GCUCCGUCUCGGGAGGACUACACUUCCCACAAUUCUGGCGCUUGUCGUGCGCGCAUCGCGGGAAGAAGCGGUUCGCUCCACGUGGUGCGGCGGGAGGAACGCUCGGUCCCUGAGUUGCGGGCGUCCUAGCCGAAGCGAUGCCCAAGGCCAAGGGGAAGACCCGGAGGCAGAAGUUUGGUUACAGUGUGAACCGCAAGCGUCUGAACCGCAAUGCCCGGCGGAAGGCAGCGCCGCGGAUCGAGUGCUCCCACAUCCGACAUGCCUGGGACCACAGCAAGUCGGUGCGGCAGAACCUGGCCGAGAUGGGGCUGGCCAUGGACCCCAACAAGGCGGUGCCGCUGCUCAGGAGAAAGGGGAAGGCCAUGGAGGUGGACAGAGUGGAGCGGCCCAAGGAGCUGGUGCGGAAGCCCUAUGUGCUAAAUGACCUGGAGACAGAGGCCAGCCUGCCAGAAAAGAAAGACAACACACUGUCCCGAGACCUUAUCGACUAUGUGCGCUACAUGGUGGAGAACCACAGGGAGGACUACAAGGCCAUGGCGCGGGAUGAGAAGAACUACUACCAAGACACCCCGAAACAGAUCCGGAAUAAGAUCAAUGUCUAUAAACGCUUCUACCCAGCCGAGUGGCAGACCUUCAUGGAGUCCCUGCAGACGAGUAAGAUGGAGGUGGAGUGACUGGCUUACGCCUGCCCGGGCAGAACCUGCGAGGACUCGAGACUGGGCCUGGCUUCCGGGGCGAGUGCAGCUGCAGGUGAGACCAGAGCUCACGGAAGGCAGGGGCUCCACAUGCGCUCAGCGCUCACACUCCCUCUCCGGGGAAGGAACUGAAAACUGUCCUUUACACUCUGGAAGAAGUGGCCUGUUGGCAGGAUCGGGUGAUUUGUUUCAACAGACUGUGUGCGUAAUAAACAGAGCUGUGUCCUCUG